UUGCGCGUCAUCCGUGCUUUGCUCAAUGCCAUUUCCCGCAUUUUGGCCCAAUUCUAGACAUAUACCACUUUCCUUUACUAAUGGCGUUGCUACUUGGAAUAGUUUCACCAAGACAAACGGCGAUAUUAUAUAUUUUUUAAAAGGGUAAUCUCUUUGAAGUGUAUAUCCACUCAAUCCAAAUGAGUUUUCUGUAGACAGACAACAUCUGGGGCGGGUCAUGACAGUGAACCGAAGCAGUUGACGUCGCUCAACUUGUUCACAACAGCGUUCGCUCCUGACUGAACACGGCCGCCGGGGAGCUGACAAGUGCCUUUGAGGUUUCCUGUUUCUGGACAUUAAAAAACGACGUUAUUUUCAACAGGAGGUCUGUAUUUGUGGGACGUGGAGGGCAACAGAUACUACGACUUCCUGAGCGCCUACAGCGCAGUGAACCAGGGCCACUGCCAUCCCAAGAUCAUCGCUGCUCUGAACGCCCAGGCCUCCAAGCUCACCCUGACCUCCAGGGCCUUCUACAACGACAUCCUGGGGGCCUACGAGGAGUACAUCACCACCCUGUUUGGAUAUGACAAAGUACUGCCCAUGAACACAGGUGCUGUUCAUAGCCGAUGAGGUGCAGACUGGACUGGCCCGUACGGGCAGACGGCUGGCUGUGGACCAUGAGGAAGUGCGUCCUGACAUCGUGAUCCUGGGAAAGCUCUGUCUGGAGGAGUCUACCCUGUGA